CACUCAUCAACCUCCAAAUUGCAAUUAUGAAACAGAUUGACUAGAAAUGGUCCAUUCGUUUGCAACUCUAUAAGAACAAUAAGAUGGCUCACCUAACCAUGUAACCUUUUUUAUCUCAUCGUUGGGUCUUGCUAGCUACAUUGCUCAUGGAGCAGCCUCUCCUCCCAAAUCCCAACUCCUCCACCAGUACCGACUCUCCUACGGCUGAAUCUGCUCCCCCCAAUACCCUCGCUGGCCUCGCCUUCGUCCUCAUCCUCGCAGCCAUGUCCCUCUGGGCAAACCUCGAAGCCAGCGAAGGCUUCGACAUCACCAUCCUCAACGCGGCGCGCCCCGGUACUGUCGCCGCCCGGCGCUUCGAUCUCCUCUUCGUCUCCAACGGCAAGGCUUCCCAGAUUCUCCAGAACGCCAGUGAUUUCGUGGAACACAUCCUCUACCCAAAUGAACUCUACCCUCGCAAGCCAGUCCGCCGCGUGACCCUCCGCCUGGCCGGCCACAACCUCAGCGAAGUCGUUGUCAGCCAUGGCGAUGAUUCCCAACGUCCCGGCGACUUCGUGAUCCUCGUCAGCCCCAGUGCCAUGGCCGACGCCAACCCGGGCAUGGCGUUGGGCUUGGCGGUGCAGCGGGCCAUGGCUCGCGUCUGGCUCUGGGACGGGCAGGGCGCGGCGCCCAAGUGGCUCGUGGACGCCAUGAUGGAGUACCUCAGCUUGUCGGCCGGGUUCGCCGGCCACGCCGUUCCACUCCAGCGUGGUGGUACGUGCUGGGGGGAGGAGGAGGAGCCGGUGGGUACCGCGCGAUUUUUGAAGUACUGUGAGGAGAGGAGGAGCGGGUUCAUAGCUAGGCUGAAUCGAGCCAUGAGGAAGCACUGGAACGAGAUCAUGGUGGACGUGGCUUUGGGCUCACCGUCUCGUCAGCUGUGCUCGGCCUAUCAAUCGAGGAUACGUCAGCGACCGGAGUUCUCUGGUUCUAGGUCAGUGCUUGGACCGAGCCAGGCCAUGUGAAAAUUGAGAGAGAGAGAGAGGGACUGGAAUUUGGAAUCAUUCAUGUAUGAUGAUGAUGGGAAAUGUCUGUAGGAGAUGGGGACCCAGCGAAAGGCAAAGUGGGUGUACGCAGUGAUCCUUUUGCAAUAAAUAGUUCCGGUCAGUUGGUAGGCCCAACUAUGUCAUUCAAAUUGUUACUACACUAAUGGUUUAUGUCCUGUUCCAUUUA